UUCUCCUCUGGGGCAUUGAAAAAAAAAACUUCCCAUACAAGGAGUUUGGCAGAGGCCCAGACUGUCCAGAAAAGCAGAUCAGCACUGCCCCGUAUGCAGAAUGAUGGAACAGGAGACUGACUAAAGACAGCGAGAGGGAAACUGGGCACCGAGACAUCUGGCAAGAGAACGCAGGACAAUGAGACAUCUCAGCAGCAGACAGGAGUCGCUGCACCUUGAAGGGAGGAAAGGAAAAUCCAGGGAGAAAAUCUAACGUUUUCUCCAUAUGAUUCACUAGAGAUACUUGUGUAGUAGACAUUGAGUAUCUGCGGAGACACCACAGUGGAAGCUAGGAACUUAAAUUGACAAACACCUCACAAAAUCAGCUGAGAGGGGGCGCUGUGUAUUCCAGCUGUUGGGAAGCGGCAGCUGGAGUUGUGGUAGCACAAAUCAACAGGAACUAAGUCAAGAGCCCAGAAUUACACAGGAUUAAGGAGCGAUUCCUUCUGACUGCACCUUUCAUCUCCACCAUAGAGACCAGGACUGAUGUAUGAAGCUCCUGAUACACAAUGUGGAUUUAUAAAGCUCUCAUUGAGGCUCGGAAAACCUAAGGGUUUCUAACUUUUCAGACCCCAAUGCCAGAUAAUGUCAAUGAUGUUUGGCAAAACCAGAGCAGUCAGUGCUUCCCAUUUCUCUGCUUCCAAUGACCGCAGCCUGCACUCAGAAUGCAACCUCGUGCUGCUAGGGUGCCGGGGAGCUGGCAAGUCAGCACUGACAGUGAAGUUCCUGACCAGGAGGUUUAUAAGUGAAUACGAUCCAUUCCUUGAGGAUACAUAUACUAAAGAAGAAAUUGUAGACCAGGAGCCGGUUCUUGUAAGAGUUAUGGACACAGCUGAUCCGGUGAGUACGGAUGGGCCGGUGAAUCCUGAGCGCUACCUCCACUGGGCUAACGCCUUCCUGGUGGUAUACAGCAUUGAUAACAGGAAGAGUUUUGAAGCGUGCUGCCAAUAUUUAGAGAUCAUCUCUCAGCAUAACAAGGGAGCAGUACAUGAGAGCCCAGUCCUGUUACUAGGGAACAAGCUGGACAUGGAACGAUAUAGACAGGUCAGUAUAGCAGAUGGUUCUGCUCUGGCGUCCCGUCAUGGCUGCCUCUUUCGUGAAGUGUCUGCUUGUUUGGAUUUCCGGUUGGUGCAGAAAGUGUUUUAUGAUGCCAUACAGGAGGUGAGGAGAGAAGCAGAAAGAUGCGCAUCUUUAAGACCACCACUAUACAUCACUGAGGAGAGGGCACUGCUUGGGUUGCCUCCCAUGUCCUCUUCUUCUCCCUCCAGUCGCCAUGGAAUGCCUACACUCAGCACUUUGUCCCCUCUGGGCUACAAGGAGAUUCCCUCUGUGGCUCAAGCCAAACUUGUCACCGUGAAGUCGUCUAGAGCAAUGAGCAAACGCAAGGCACCCACGCUGACUCUCCUUAAGGGUUUCAAGAUAUUUUAAUGCCAAAAAGAUCAAAUAUAAGAAUCAAUCAAAAUACGUACUUGUCCUCUAUUUAUAAUAUGGAUUAUAGACUACUUUGGAUGAUGAUAAGAUGGCCUAUUGGCCCAAUCAAUUUGCCUUUUAAGUUAAAAUUUAGACAAUGCAGUCAAGAGCAAAAUAUGGUGUCAAGCCUAAAAUUGUUUUUCUCCUAAACUUAUUUGGUAAAAUCUGACUAAUUACAGAGACAGUGAUGGAAAAAUAGCCUUGCUUUCCUGUGGUCGAGCCUCUUCACCUCUUCUCAGCUGUCACAGUGCCAGUCUAGGCUUGAGUCUUCAUUUAUGACAGACUGGUUGUCUGUCUAAACCGGUUAACUUGUCACUUUAAACCAGUACUCUCCAAGUCUUCAGCUCAAGGCCACGGUGACACUGAGAGGAGGGCAGUGAAGAGAGAAGCUUGGGGUACUAGGCUACUUUCACACUCACGUUUGGUGUGGAUCCGACAUGGAUCUGCACAGAUGGAUCCUUUCAGAUAAUACAAACGUCUGAAUCCAUUCAGAACGGAUCCGUUUGUAUUAUCUUUAACA